AUGCAGUUCAAGAACCUUGCCUUCUCUCUCUUCGCGGCCGCCGUCGCCGCCGACGAUGUCAACAGCCUCGUUGCUCAGAUUCCCUCUUGCGCACUGACCUGCCUGGUCACCUCGGCCACUCAGGUCAACUGCGGUAUCACCGACUACAAGUGCCAAUGCGAGAACGCAACUGAGCUCCAGGCUGUUGCCACUCCUUGUGUCUCAUCUGCUUGCUCCGUCGCUGACCAAGCCACCGCCCUGAAGAUCUCUGGUGAGAUCUGCGUUUCCCUUGGCUAUACCGCCGUUACUUCUGCCGUCAACUCGGCUGUUACCAGCGCCACAGGUGCCGCCGGUUCUGCUCUCUCGUCCGCCACGUCUGCUAUCGGCUCUGCUGCCAGCUCCGCCACUGCCACCGGCACUUCCUCUUCCGCCACCUCUUCUGCCUCGACCGCCGCUGCUGCUGGUCGCGUGGAAAUGGGUGUGCUGGCCGGUGUCGCCGCUGUUGUGGCUUUUGCGUUGUAA